UUAUUUUUUUUGCGUUUUGUAAACAAUACAGCAUCAAAAUGUUAGGCAGCCGCAGGCUGGGAUUCAAUCCCAAACCGCUUGGUACGUCCUACACUUGUGCACUUCGUAGGGAAUAAAACAAACGGCGUUCGCGACCUACCUAGUGCACUUCAUGAAUAACACUAAAGUGGUUUGAGAUGAGGCCAGCCUGCCUCCUAUCCUGGUUAGCCAUUUUGUUCUUUUAGAAAUAUAUCUACAUUUUUUAAUGUCAGUGUGUUUUUUUUUAGCUGCUUUGACAGGUCAGAAAAUGUUGUACAUGAUUGCCUGUUAAAGUUUAAAGUUUUAAAAUCAAUAAAUAAAAAUAAAUGAACGUUAACCUGGUUAGCUAGCAAGCUAGCUAGCUACAUAACCGUCAUUCGGUUCACGACUGAAUCGUCAGUUUCUUUCUGUCUUUUUUUUUAAUUCCUAACUUAAUCCCUACAUAUAGUGCACUUUAAAGUCAUUUUAUAUAAUAUCUAGGCGAGCUAAAUAGGGAAGGGUUGGCUAUUUGGGAUUCAGCCUUCAUCCUGUAGUUCAAGGCACUUUGGCCGGACGAUGGACGAGCUGGUCCAUGACCUGGUGUCGGCGCUGGAGGAGAGCUCGGAGCAGGCUCGCGGCGGCGGCUGCAGUGCCAGUCUCGACCUCGCGCUGCCCGCCGGGCGCAUGCUCAAACGGCACGCUCGCAAACGCCGGGGCAGGAAGCGCCGCUCGGAGAACAGCACCCGCGCCGCACCGUGCCACGCCCCUUGCCACACGAGCCACGCCUCCGAUUCCAGCCUGGACGAGCACAGAGACACGCGCCUGUCCUCCAGCUCCAACGCCAACGCCAACAACAGCGACUCGGACGAGCAGCUCGGCGCCAAGCGCGGCAAGCGCCCUCCGUGGCACGACGACGCAGCAGUCGCCGAUGCCAACCGGAGCCUUCGGAGGAGGCGCAAAGUGAAGCGCAUGGCCAUCGACCCGCCGCCGGAGUUCUCGCCCAAAUCAGCAGGAGGGAGCAGGGAGGAAGGGAAAGGGAACGAUGCAGCGACUAAAGGCAGAGUGAAGAAGAGGAAGCUGGCGCUGGCACACCGGCUGGCGCUGGACGCCGCAGACGAGGGCGUGGUCGUGGAGAGCGAGGAGGCGGGGCUUUCCGGGAAAGAAAAAAUGGACUUUGAGGAGCACAAGGGUUCAGAUGAAGACAUGAGUGACAGGUGUGAAACCAGCAGUGUGAGUAACAGCAGUGAUGGAGGUCUGUUCACCAAUGAUGAAGGAAGACAAGGCGACGAUGAGCAAAGCGAUUGGUUCUACGAGGGCGAGGCGGGCGGGGCUUGUGGCAUCGCGGGCGUGGUCCCGUGGUGGGACAGAGACUCUAACGAGCUGGACCUUAACGACCCGGUGUUCAACAGCAUCCUCACAGGGGCCUUCCCUCUAAUGUCCCAGGGAGCACAGCGAGGGUUUCAGGCCAGGCUGGCUCGACAUGCUUCACUGCAGCAGACUCAGGGCGUCCCUCAGGUAGCCGGAUGUGCUGAGAGAAUUCCCAGAUUGUCCCAGGAUCCUCACGCACAUGAGCCUUGGUUCAGUCCCGGAUCCAGACGUGAACAGUGUCACUGGGAUUCGAGAUCGGACCGAGGCCACCGGAGAAGCUGCUCACUAAAGACUGCAAGCAGGCAGACAAGUGGCCAUCUUGGCUCACUGUGUACCGGAGACGUUAAAAGGAGACGCAAAGCUGCACCUAUGGGAGCUCCUUUGUCCACAGGUGUGGUGGGAGAGGGAGUGCCGCCAAUCCCGGACUCGAACCUGGGGAACCGGAUGCUGCAGAACAUGGGCUGGUGCCCGGGAAUGGGCCUCGGGCCCGAGGGAAGGGGCAUCACCGAGCCGAUCCGGUGCACUCAGAGGCCCAAGGGCGCAGGGCUCGGCUUUAACUGAGGUCUGCGCUCGAACAGGCCAACCGACACACAGGGACAGAGACAGACUCAGAGACGUCUGUUAUGAAGGCACUGCUUCCCAGCAGGGGGCAGCACUGAGACCAAGAUGGACAGAUGCACUAACAGAACAAAAAUGAGAGAACGGCGCAUAGGGAUGUGGCCGUUUGUUCCUCGAGGAACAGCCAGACGGAGAGCAUUGAUUUUGCACAAAAACACAGUGUCAUAUCUGUAGCGAUCUGAAGGCCACUGGUUAACCGAUUUAGCUGUUAUCAUAUUUUCACCUCAUGCCAUAUUCCUCCAAUCCCAAACCAUGGGCUGUGUCCUAAUUUGAAUACUUUGCCAACUGUAUGGACUUUUUAACAUGUGCUACUACUAUACUAUACUAUAUGAAAUGUAAACUUGCCAAGACCAUGAAUUUGAAACUCUGCAUAAAUUAUUGCAAGCGUUAUAUAUAUGCCAUUUUCUGUUGUUGCUAGGAUGUGCGUAUAAAUUGCAUACCUGUCUUAUUUUUUUAAAAACUUUGUAUUUUUAUUUCUAAAAAGAAUUUUAAUCCAGUGUUCUCUUAAUUCUCCCACUAGCCAGCUCUCCUCUAUUAUACCACAGCGACCAGCUGGGGAGGGUGAAGGCUAACACGUGCUUCCUCCGAAGCUAACCUCAUCUCACAGGGCAGCAACACACUCCGAGGAAAGCGCUAUUUGCCCUCUUCCACAUACACAAGCUCACAGACGCACGUGAUUGGUUAGUGUCGCGCUGAAUGACAGGAGAGAGAGUAACACUGUCCCUCCCACUCGUGGCCAUGAACUCCUAAUCUCCUGACGAUAGCGCGAACGCUGUUUUAAUGAUAAGAAUAAAGAUGAAUAAAAAUUAAUAGCACCCCUGUCUGACACGUUCCAUCGGGGUUGCCAGAUUUUUGACCCUCCAGUUUGACCAUAAUAUAAAACUAAACCAAUGCCAUUUUCAAUUCUAGUCCUUAGAAAUGGGAAAUUCUGCUAAUUCCAUUUUAGGAUCAUCCUUUUAAUGUUUUUUUUUAGGGUUGGGAAACUUUAGACCACCUGAAUCAUCAAUUGAAUGCAAUUUCAAUUCAUGAAUACAAAACGAUUCUUGAUGAAUCUGGAUUCUAUACAUGAUGAAUUUUUUAAGCUAUUGUGGCCAUUUUUUUUUUUUCCUUAUAUUUUAGCAAGCUCAGAACUGAGUGAAAACACCGGGGUGCAAAUAUUUUUGUGAAGAAACUUGCAAUUUACCUGGUAAAUUUAUUAAAAAUAAAUGUAAUUAUUAUCUUUUAUUAUUAUUAUUAUCAUUAUUAUUAUUAUUAUUACUUGCUUUACUAUGACUGUGUUGUGGCUUUUCCAUUUGAAAAUAACUAUACAUUUUUAAAAAUAUGUUUAAAAAGAUUAUGUAGUUCUAAGCAUCCAUGAAUAUAAGUUUAAAGAAGGAAUCAAGAUGCAUCUAAGAAUCGUUUUUGUUCCUCCUCACCCUUGUUUUAUUGACCUGUUUGUUCAGAAGAAAUCAGGAUGAGUUGGUGAAAAUGUCAACAUUUUGUGUCUAGACUUAACGUUCCUAUCCGGAUUGCUCUGUAAAUGAUGAAAUUGCACAACCGUGCUGAAGCGGUUCACUGUUUUUAGUCUUGAAGCGUUUCUGAGGGUCUCUGAGAUCAGAAUCGCUGUAUUAGAAGUAUAUCUUAAAGAUCACAAAGGUGCUGAUUUAGGAUCAGUUUUUAUCCUGUGUAUGCUGAUAUAUCUUGUUAUGUGAACAAAGGCACUGAUUGUAGAUCAGCUCCGAGUAGUAGCACUGGUGAGCGAUGUGAUAAUAUCAUGAUCAACUUAAUCACCAGUGAACAUGUGCAUGAUGACAUUCUGCUCCUCGGUUUGGUCCUAUGCUGAUCACUGAAGUUGCCGCGUUCCUUUUAGAAAACGUUGAUGUAACAGUCAAAGUUUGUCAUGAUGUCAGAAUGUUUUGACGGGAAACGGUCACAGUGGUAGUUGGACAUUUGCUCAGAUCUUUACAGCUUUACACGGGUUUUGUAAAAGGUUCGGUUUUGAAUUACAGACCAGAAUGCUGUUCUCGAUGUUAAAGCUGGAAUGAAUAAAACGAAGAAACCUCA